ACCAGGGUUACUAAUAUGAAAACGUGGAAGGCUCCGUCUCCUCCCUUUCCCAGUCCAGUUCUGUCCUCCUCCCCCUUCUGUUUUGCUCGCCAGCAGCCGGCAGCUAGGCGGUUGCUCUCCCAUCCUCCCCAAUCCUCCCCUCGAUCUCGUCGGAGCGGGCGGAGACCGGGCCGCGGCGAUGACGGUGAUCGACAUCCUCACGCGGGUGGACGUCAUCUGCCAGAAGUACGACAAGUACGACGCCGAGAAGCUCAACGGCGCCAACGUCGCCGGCGAGGACCCCUUCGCCCGCCUCUAUGGCUCCAUCGACGCCGAGAUCUCCUAGUGCGUCGAGAAAGCGGAGGCGGCGAGGCAGGAGAAGAACCGGGCCACGGUCGUUGCGCUCAACACCGAGAUCCGCCGCACCAAGGCCAAGCUCCUCGAGGAGGACCUGUCCAAGCUGCAGCGCCUCGCGCUCAAGAAGAUGGAAACUUUGAUGAUGAAUACUUUAAGGGGACUGAAGAAUCAAAUAAAUUUCGGCAGGAAUAUGAGAUGCAUAGAAUGAAGCAGGAUGAAGGUUUGGAUGUUAUUGGUGAAGGGCUGGCAACUCUGAAGAACAUGGCAUCGGAUAUGAAUGAGGAAUUGGAUAGGCAAGUUCCCUUGAUGGAUGAAAUGGAUGACAAGGUGGAUAGAGCCAAUGCAGAUCUGAAGAAUACCAACGUGAGGCUAUAGCAGACCAUUCUUCAGUGUGCUCAAGAAGUGAGUGAGGUGCAACGAUGUGCUCAUGUCGCGGUCGGUGGUGGUCUUGCAUUGGCUCCUCUACUUAUCAUGUCCUGCUGUGAUAGGCUUCAACAUGUGCCACGAGUAAUUCGUUUCGUCUCAUCUGUGUAAUAUCAUGGUGUUGUUAGAUUAUUAUUUUGCUUGUUGAUGAAGCAGUGAUGAUUAUAUGUGUGUUGGCCUGAUGGAUGUCUGAUUGUAUGUAUAUUCGGGAGUAAAUUGCUUAGUAAGAGUACAAACAUCAUUCUUUUGUUCUAAA